GGCAGGCGCCGACGCAACAGCGGGCGAGCAUCGUGCUCGUGCCCUCGUUUGGAGAUUAUUUUACACGCUAGAGCAGUGUAUUGUGAGGUGUUAUAAGAAGGUUUAUUUCUGCGUGUUUGUUUUGUAUUUUUGUGGUGAGUUUGGAAGAGAAGUCGAAGAGGAUUGUGUGCUGAGACUUUUUGUCAAGUAAUCCAGUGUUGAGUGUGCCUCUAAAGUCCAAUCAAGAUAAACACCCUUUCUCAAGCGAACAUCCGAGCAAUUCAAAGCAGAAAACAAGAGUCAUCUCGAUUAAACCAUGGCACAACCGACCCCGGGCGGUUACCCUUCUUACCCUCAGCCUGGCGGGCACAGUCCUUACCCCGGAGGUCAGGGAGGUUACCCAUAUCCACCACAAACGGGUCAAUACCCACCACAGCCGGGUCAGUACCCUGCUCAACCCGGGUAUUAUCCGGGUAAUCAAGGGCAAUAUCCACCACAAGGACAAUAUUCUCAAGGACAAUACCCGCCUCAGGGACCAUAUCCUCAAGGACCAUAUCCACCCCAAGGGCAUUACCCACAACAGGGGCAGUACCCACCACAAGGCGCCUACCCACCCCAGGGCGCUCCCCCGCAAGAAUCUGCUCCUCCGAUGGACUUUCUGAAGCCGGAGACGGCUGCCAAACUGGAGGGCCGCGCCUCGCCGACUCCGGACGAGGAGCUGGCAGAGGAGGGUAGCGACCCCUCGCCGACGGCGCCGCCCAUCGACUCCAUGGACAAGCUGCCCGGCUACGAAGGACUCGACUUCACUGGAGGGGGAGCGCCUCCGCCGCCUCCUGCCGCCCUGCCCCCUCCGCCGGAGAAUUACGGCCAGGUGAACGUGCAGCACGAGGUACCCAGCACUGAGAGGAUCAGAGAGAUUGUGGCCGGCUACGUGGCCGAGCACUGCUGCUUCGGAAAGGGACCCAUCGAGGACAUGAAGAUUAUCACCGUGACGCCCACACCAGCCAUGAAGUACACGCUCGAGACCAUGACGGAGACGCGCAUCACGAGAUGGAACUACGUGCCGUGGCGUGGUGAGACCGUGCCGCCGCCCAGCGGUCCUCCGCCAGGACCCUGGGACGUGCUGAUCACCCUGGAGCCCUCUCAGUGGUUCCAGAACCUGAACUCGGUGGCGGAGGUGCCCAACACGCAGACGGUACGCGUCUGCCACGACUGCCGCGGUCUCCGGGAGACGCGCUGCACGCGCUGCCACGGACGGGGAUACACUCGGUGCAGCUCCUGCCACGGACGAGGAAGCAGAACAAUACACAACGAUCGACGGCGCUGCACGUGGUGCCAUGGUCGUGGCUCACGUCGCUGUAUCACCUGCCAUACUGAAGGAAUGGUCCCCUGUCCCACGUGUGACGCCCAAGGAAAUAUCCGCUGCUUCGUGGAGUUGACUGUGAAGUGGCAAAACCACAAGGACAUCAAGGUGGUGGAGCGCACCGACCUGCCCGAUAACCUGAUCCGCUCCGUCUCCGGUCAGGAGGUGUUUAGAGCCGAGGAGCAGCGCGUGCACCCGAUCGUCGGCUUUCCGGACCGACUGGUCAGCGAGAGCUCCUCGGAGUUGGUGCAAAAACACGGCCAGCAGUGGCCCCAGGAGAGGAUAUUCAGACAGCGUCACUCGGUGCAGUCUGUGCCGGUGUUUUGCGUCACGUACCACUACAACGGCAAACAGGACGACUUCUUCAUCUACGGAAACAGCCAGAAGAUCCACUUUCCCGAUUACCCCAAACAGUGCUGUUGUGUGGUUAUGUGAAAUGAAAGCGGCCCGUUACAAACGAGUUGUGCGGGACGAUCGGGUUUUGAGAGCUUGUUCAUGUGAACCGAGAAUCGAGAUAUUAUUUGUUACGUACCUACAUAAGCGAUAAGCAAUGAAUGGCGAGCGAAUGUCCGUGUUAGGGAAGAUGAAGACGUGUAAAGAAAUGAGUUUGUGGUGAGUUUUAUGACUGUGAAUGACUAGGUUAGGAUGCUAGAGCUGACUUCUAUUUUUGGGAUUGAUAGAAACUGCCUUUGCCUACUGCCUACAUAAUUACUCAGGAUGAAACAGUUGGUGCCUAUUAUGCUUGUAUAGAACUAUACACAAUUGGAAAUCAGCAUAAUAUAGACAAAGUUGACAUCGACUCGACAUAUUAUGUGCAUGUUGCUUAUCAUUUUUCUAGACGUGCAGUGUCCCUCCCUAUACAUGAUAUCAGCUCUCUGUCAAUAGGCAAAUCGUUUUCUCAGAAUAGUAGUAGUCGUAGACAUUGUUCUUCUUCGCCACUCACAUACGUACACUAGCAUUUUUGUGUAGACGGAUGCAUGCUGAUAAUUUGAACUCAUAGAACAUAUUUGAAUGUUUGUUUGGGUGAUUGUGUAUGUGCUAUCCUGUGAAACAAGCAUGAGUUAAGUGAUAGCCGGAACCUCAAGCAGUUUCAACAGAACAGGGAUUGACAGUAUUUGAAACCCUGUUAAUAUGCAAUGGUUCCUUGGCGGCUGCUUGAACUGGUGCACUAUUGCACUGAUGCACUGUUUUACAUCUUGCAUUGCUUCCUGUUACCACAAGAAAACAAAACGUUGGUAUCCGAUUGCCCGCCUAGCCUGUUUCGAUCAACUGUGCCGUGGAUUGUGAAUGCAUUUGUCACAAAACUGUUGCGAAAUAUCACACACGUUAUCCGUGAAAAUACACGGAAAGGAAAGACAA